AUGAGUGUUUAUAAACCCGAGAUUCAAGCAGUAAUUUUCGAUAGCGACGGCACAGUUCUUGAUACACUAAACCUCUACUACAUUGCAAUGACAAAAUUAGUUCCUCCACCAUAUCCACAAUCGUUAGUUGAUGAAAUUAACGGAAGAUCAGACUUGGAUGUCGCCAGAGCAAUGAUUAAACAUUACAACUUAGAUACAACUCCCGAAGCAUUUGCAAAGAAACGUUUAGAAAUACUUGAUUCUCUUCUUCCAACAUGCAAAACUGUUAAAGGUGUUGAAAGAAUCAUAAAUAAGAUACACGAAAUGGGAAUUCCGAUGGCCGUUGCUACAAGUAGCUGUAGAUCUGCUCACGAGGCAAAAAUUAUUAAUCAUAAUGAGUUGUUUAGCAAUUUUGUGGCAACUAUAUGCGGCGAUGAAGUAAAAGAAACAAAACCAAAUCCUACAAUAUUCCAAUUAGCUUCUGGCAAACUUGGUCAUUUCAAUCCUGAGAACGUUCUUGUUUUUGAGGAUGCAUUUCAUGGUAUUGGUGCUGCCAAUGCAGCUGGAAUGCCAUCUGUAUUCUUAGUUGAUAAUAAGGAAAAGGCAAAAGAAAAUAUGGAUAAGAUGAAUCUCAAAACUCAAGUAAUGAUUACAUCCUACGAAGAUUUUGAUUUUGGCAGUUUCAAUUGGGCCAAACAUUAA